AAUGUUACUGCCCCCACCUCCCUGAAAGUGCAUUCAAAAACAGGCAGCAGGGCAGGCAGAGCUGCUGCUGCUGCGGCUGGGGGAGGAGGACACGUUGCACCUUUAAAUGGGACGAGAGCUGUUUCAGGGAUAGUCAGUCACACAGUGCAGCUGAAAUUUCCCUUGAAACGAAGAGCUCAAAUCAACAAGCGUUCACAGGAUUUAACGCACCUGCACCUGGGCCUGGACAGCAGAGAAAGGAAGAGAAGAAGCUCCACCUGUGAACGACAGACAUGCCUUCUUCCCGUGAAUAGCCUGGUUUAUACAAGCCAAAGCUGUCAACAAUCCUGCAAGUUCCAGCCUGUCACUCACUCAAUAACACCAACAACAACACCAUGGCAGACGACGAGCUGAUGUUCAGUAUGGAGGAGGUGGGCAGCCUAAAAAGGAGUAGUGGUGAACGGGUUGUGCGUUUUGGACGCGACCCUUCAGUUGAUGAUGACGAUGACGACUUCUAUAUCUGCCCCAUCACUGAUGACCCUGUCAGUCCUACUAAGGAAAUUUGCGAUUACCUCAAGAACAUUGCCAACAACAGGCAGCUUUCUAACUCCCUGCCCAAAAACUCUUUCACUUACAAGAACAAAAAUAAGGAGCCAGAGGUGCGAUCGGUCAGGUUUGGUUCUUUAACUGAGAAAGGUCGGGCCACUUGGAAACAUGCUAUUGAAAAAGCUAGAGCUAUGCCAGACCCCUGGGCCGAGUUCCAUUUGGAAGAAGUUGAGACUGAGCCCUGCAUUAGAUACAGGUAUAAUGCCAUUACAGGUGACUGGGUACAGGACCAAGUGUUCAUUAAGAUGUCCUCUCAGCCUUUUGGAAAAGGGGCCAUGAGAGAGUGCUACCGAACAAAGAAGUUGUCAAACUUCUCUCACAGCAGCAACUGGAAAUGUGCCUCAAACUAUGUGGCUAAGCGGUACAUGGAGACUGUGGACAGAGACGUUUACUUUGAGGAUGUAAGGUUACAAAUGGAAGCUAAAUUGUGGGGUGAGGAGUACAAUCGCCACAGGCCUCCAAAACAGGUGGACAUUAUGCAGAUGUGUGUUGUGGAAAUGGCAUCUCGCCCAGGGAAACCACUUUACCACCUGGAGCACUACAUCGAGGGGCAGUACAUCAAAUACAAUUCCAACUCUGGCUUCGUGAGGGAUGAUAAUAUACGGCUCACACCCCAGGCAUUCAGUCACUUCACAUUCGAGCGUUCUGGUCACCAGCUGAUAGUUGUGGACAUUCAGGGAGUUGGCGAUCUCUACACAGACCCUCAGAUCCACACAGAGAAGGGAACAGACUUUGGUGAUGGCAACUUGGGUGUUCGUGGCAUGGCCCUGUUCUUCCACUCUCACCUAUGUAACAAGAUCUGUAAGAGUAUGGGUCUCACACCUUUUGAUGUGGCCCCUGCAGAAAGCACUCAGCUGGACUGCACCAAUAAGCUGCUGCAGUCAGCCAAGACCAUGCUCCGUGGCUGUGAGGAACAGUGUGGUUCCCCCAGGGUUCGGACCACCUCUUUCACCCAUAUGUCCCCUCAUCUCUCCCGCCUUUCGGAAACCUCCUCAGCUGAUGAGAACCUCAGUGAUGCAGAAUCAGUUCCCUGCUCUCCCCUUAGUCUCGGCGUCUCUGUGGACCGAUCGCCAUUGGGUUGGUCAUUCAUGAAUGAAAUGAACGAAGGAGACAGAAACAACACAGACCACAAGGCUUCAGACAGUGGAGGAGACAGUGGAUACCCCAGUGAAAGACGCAGUGAAGGAGACCUGGCUGAACAUCAUGACCGGGCUCGACCCGCCUACAACAGACAUUAUUCCGAAUCGGAUGAAGACAGUGUUCGCAGGCAGAAAGCGGUGCUUAAUGCCAGCAAGCUGUCCCUUACUGUAAACAGCCCUGACUCUCACACGCUCACAGAGGAAAAAUGGAGUUUCUUCCAUUCAUCCCGUGCCCAUAUUCACAGACCCUCCUGUGUAGCAGUAGAGGUGGAGAGAUUGAACAAUCUGAUGCUUGAAAGGAAAAUCGGCAAGUCUGUUUUGGGCAAGGUUCACCUAGCCAUGGUCCGGUACCAUGAGGCCGGAAGAUUCUGUGAGAAGGAUGCACCAUGGGACCAGAAGUCAGCUUUGUAUCAUUUGGAAAGGGCAGCCAUGUGUGGCGAGCUGGAGGCUAUUGUAGCUCUUGGCCAGUGCUAUCUGCAGCUGCCACAUCACAUUCUAUCUGAGCUCGAACUGGAGGACAGUGAUGAGAACAGAAAGAAAGGCUUCCGUUUUCUACUUCAGGCGGCUGAAGCUGGAGACAGACCCAGCAUGAUGUUAGUGGCCAGAGCGUUUGACACAGGCAUCAACCUCCCAUCUGACAGGACUCAGGACUGGGAGGAAGCCGUGCAGUGGUAUGAUUGUGUUUUGAAUAUGACAGACUAUGAUGAGGGUGGAGAGUUUGACGGUAUGCAGGAUGACCCACGAUAUCUUCUACUCGCUCGUGAAGCUGAACUGUUUCAGAUGGGAGGGUUUAACCUAACAGCAGACCCUCAGAGAGCAGGUGAUCUGUUCACUGAGGCAGCUGAAGCAGCCAUGGAGGCAAUGAAAGGCAGACUGGCUAAUCAGUACUAUAUGAAGGCUGAGGAGGCUUGGUCAGCUAUGGAGGAGUAAAGGAGCUGAUUUGUUUUCCCAAGACUGUUAUCACUUUUAAUAUUUAACUCUGGGAUAUGUUUACAUGGUCCUUUACAACAUAAUACUUUCAGAAUGCUGUGAUGUCCUUUUUUAUGAAGUUCUUUUAAAGCAGAUACACACAGAUGCUUCUGUGAAUGUUUGAAAGGUCUGCAUUAUGAGCUAGUUAAAUUUCACACCACUGCCAGCAAAACAGGAAGGAAAUGAAUCUAAGAAGAAUAAGACCCACAUGCAAAACACUUCAGUAGCAGCAUCAGCAAUAGCAUCAUUCCGCUUGUUGCUUUUUCUUGUCAUGGUCCAGAAAGUAGCCGGUAGAGCUGUAACGGUUUUGUGGUUCUUCAGGUCACGGUUUGGCGCAUGGUGUGCAUGAUAUGAUUGUACUUUUAUUUGUUUGUUUGUUUGUCUGUCUUUCUUGCUAAGGGCACUUGGACAAGCCCCUACUUCUCAUGCAUGCAAAUUGAACGCUAAAUUUGUGUCAAAUUGGGCUCCUUUUAGCACACAGCUGCAAAGAUCAGCACUUUCCACCUGUAGUCACAUCCCAAAUGCCUUGCUGUUUACAUGGGUUAAAUUAGGUGUGCUAAAUGAGGUGGAACACUGCGGUGUUUUCCUCAUAUGGGUGCAGCACUUUAUAUAUGGCAAGGCUGUUUACACCUGGCAUUAACAUGAGUUUCUUAUCUAGUUAGUAUUUGGACAUACUUUGGCCAGAUUCUGUCUUGUUUACACUUUCCACAAAAAUGCAUCCCCGGUGUGGGCUGGUGGCAUUCAAUUUCACUUUCUCCAAAGUUUUAAAUUUUAGAUUUAGUGAUUGACCAUCUACUGGCACAUGCGCAUUAUUGAGAUUACACAAAGAGAAACCAGUAUCUAUUAUGGUAAAUAGCACUUGUGUUAACUUUUUCAGUUAAUGCAUUUUAGCUUGCCCAACUGUAUUUGGGAAACACAUUCUGUUUGCAUUUGGCUUAAAUGCAGUUUAGAUGUGUCUCCACCUCCAAAUGUAUGUUUUGAUCACAGUCUGAUCAAAAUGUGGUCAAGUGAUCACAGAAAACAAAUUAGUUAAAGGUGGAAAAGGUUUCCUGAAAUUCUCCUCUCAUUUGACAGCACCCAGUUUAUACUAAGAAUGUAAAAACUGCCCCUAUUGUACAAACUACAAAUCCACAUAUCAAAAUAAACAACUUUAUUCAACUUUUUAAACAUUUUGAAAAAUAAAUUUGUUGUAUUAAAUAAAAAAAUAUUUUUUAUGUGUUUUGAGCUAACCAUGCUUUAAACCGUGACUCAGAACCUUUAAACCAAAACAGUAAAAGGGGGGUAAAAUUUGCUUUAAAUUAAGAUUGUUCCGCUGUAUUUAACAGGUAUGUUGAUGGACCUUGAAAAAUGCUUCAUCUGACCAACUGUGUUGGUUGCAUUAAGCUUGCAUUCAGUCUGUUUAAAUGUAAGGAAAGAACUGAGGUGUGUGUGUGUGUCUGGGUGUGUGUAAAGCUGAAGUCUGGAUAGCUGGUGCUCCAGCUGUUUACAGUCAGAUCUAGUCAGUAUGUCAGAUCUAGUCAGUCUAGCAUGAUAAUGGACAUUAUCAGAUAUUACAUAAGCCAGUAACAAGACUCUCCAAUAGAAAAGGAAGUGAUGACUAGCCCAGUUGGACAGUCAGUACUCUUAGUCAUUCUUUAUCUUGAUUGGCAUUCUUUAUCUUGCUUGCUGAAACUGCCUUGUGAAACACGUUCUGAGUUACAUUAUCUGAUUAUACUGUGUUGUCAAAUCAUGAAUCAGUAAAUCAUCAAGGGAAGGACAAAAGGCUACACAAAUACCAAAGCAGGGCACAGCUAGGGGUUGACAUGUAAUUGGCAGCGUUCUCUUUAUUCGCUUGAGUUCUGUUUUGAAAAACUUGUAUAAAUUGCAGCUAUGAUAUGCUUUUGAUGUAUAUAAGGCACAGGAGUAACAUACAAGAUCAUUUUUAAGGUUAAAUGAUCUGCAACUUGCAUUAUUGCAAUGCAGAUGUUGAAAUUUAGCACAAUUACUCCAUUAACUAACACCACACGUAACCGGGUGUUUUAAAACAUAGCUAGCUUGCUAGCUUGGUGUUUUGGGGUCCUUCUGCUCUUAAAAAUGAUAUGAAUGUGUGUGAGAGAGAUACUGCUUAUUAAAUAACACAUUAUUAUAACAGGAACUUUGUUGUUGCAGAAAAUGUUCUUUAUCCCCGGCUAGUUAACUAGCUCUGUUUUACUAUUACACAUAAGAAUUUUAUGUCCCCUGUUAUGCUAACGUUAGCAUUUUAGCUUGGGUCAUUUUCUGUUGUGGAUGUGGACAAUAUUUUCCUGAAACUGAGAGAGAAUGUUUUAACAUAAGUAUCCGAAUACAUGUGGACAGAACCUAAAUAUAAUGUAUGACCCAUAAGAGGAAGUUUUUAUGAAUUAUAUUAUGGUUGUGGUUUAGUCACAGGUGCUAGCCUAUUUAAGAUCAUCUCGACCCCAAUCACCUGUGAACACAAAGCUUUGAGCGUGCUUUUGCUUUUGUGUAACUUAACUGUGUUUUUGAUAUUGAAAAUUUGAAAAGUAGUUCCAGCUGCUUACAGUAAAGGAACUGUUGUUGUGAAUUAUUAGCGGUUGAUCUGUGUAAUAAUGCAAGCAUGGUAACAAAAACUGCUCUUAUCAGAUAUGAGAUCAUAGAUAAAAUGAUUUACCACGAGUCAGAUUGUGUGGUUGGAACUGAUUGUUGCAUAAAAUAACAAUAAUGCUCUAAACCAUAAUAAGUUCUUGCUUUUUUAAAGGAUAUAUACCAGUUGGCACACAAAACAUAACAGGGAAUUAAUUACAGACUGUUCAUUUUGAGAGAUUCGUAACAUUUAAUCUUAAAACAUGCACGGAGAACUAUACAGUUGAAGGUUGAGGAGUGUUUUCACAGAUAAAGCGCCUUAAAACUCCCAGUCUGACUUUCUUUCGACAUGGUGCUGCAGCUGCAGGCUAAUCAGAUUCUUGCAGUUUUCAUAAGCCUUUUUUCAGGCCAAACAAUGGUAAUGUACAGCUAAAUGGGAUUCAUGGACCAUUUUUGGCCAGUAGCACCUUUUCCUCAGCAGUUGAUGGAAAAUUGUGUUUGAGGCAGCUAAUCAAUGCAGUGUCGCGCUUUAUUUUCUUCCAAAAAUAAUGCAUUUACAUCUUUAACAUGCACACAGACACUUAACAAAUCUGCCUCUAGGUUCUUCAUCUCUCCUUUGGCAUGUUUGGCCAAAUAAACCCUCUGUGACACUUGAGUGCUCUUUCUGGUUAUCAAAUAAAUUUAAUACAUUGUGCAUGUGGAACAAAAAAGGAUUUUCUGAGCUGCAUGAACAAAAUUUCACAAAACAUGUACACAUUUCCAAUUGCUAAUUGAAUAAAUGCUUCUUUUGUUUUUAAUACAGAACUCUA